AUGCCGAGUAGCAGCGAUAUACGAGCAGCCAGUUUGAAGACCAUCACUAUCUUCAAGCAGAAAGGGCUGGCUUGUUGUCUGGUCGGCAGCGGUGCCACCUCGUUAUGGGGUGUCCCACGAGUACCAAAUGACAUCGACUUGGUCGUCAUGACUGUCAUGCAUACUCAAGAGGGCUUGAAGCGCAUGCUGGCGGCCGAAGACCCCAACUUCGCCCUCGUACCAUCUUCCAAUCCUCGAAACACAUACAAAGUCGUUUGGUACACCGUACCCGGCUCUCGUGCUCGUGUCAAGGUCGACGUUCUCCUUCCCGGCGUCAUGAACAUCCCCAGCAUCGCGCCAGAGCGAUUUGUCUGGUUCAAGAACAACACUCUACCGUCGAUGCCCCUGCUCCCACUCCUCCUUCUCAAGCUUCAAGCCUGGGACGAUCAUAGGUCGGCGAGCUUCCGACGCACGGACCUCCGCGAGAAGCAGCACGUGGAUGUCGCGGACAUUGACGUGCUUCUUCCUAUCGCGAAGAAGACUGGCGUUCACAGGAGCAAGGGAGGCUAUCUUCCGAGAUCGUUUUUGGAUGCCGCAGAUCGUCGCGUGCGAUCCUAUGUUGUCUACUAUCCUACAUCCAAGGUACAUUGGGAGGCACUUGGAUUUGUUGUGGAGUCUACGCCAGUGAUUAGCACGUCUGCCUAUUUGUCUCGAUCAACAUACACUUCCGGCAUUGCACGCAAACCCAGAAUUCCUGCCUUCUCUCUACGAUACUGA